AUUCAUUUAGCUUUUCCCUGUAGGAUUCUCAGUUUCACACUCUCGUCAAAACUCCAGGAGACCUUACCUUCCAUCUCCCUCUUUGCCACAUCCAGAAACCCCCAAUUUUCUUGUUUCUUUGACGCAGAGGAUCUUUCCUUCUCUUCAUCUUGCCGCCGAGUGACUGACGCACACUUGCUCGCUCUCGUCUGUUUCGAUUAGCUCAGUCCAGGGUUCCGCUACAGCUUCGCUCUUCUCUUCUCGGAUUCUUUGCGGAUUAUACAGAGACUUUCAGGGUUGAUUGUCUACAUCGUCUAUUACUCACAUUAAAAAUGUUUUUUGACGGAUUUGGAUAUAGCGGAACAUCAUUUGAGCAAAGCUAUCGAUGUUACCCGGCAUCUUUUAUUGAAAAGCCACAAAUUGAAAGUGGUGAUAAAAUCAUAAUGCCACCGUCAGCCCUUGAUCGUCUCGCAUCUCUGCACAUCGAUUAUCCAAUGUUGUUUGAACUUCGGAAUGCUGCUACUGAGCGGGUUUCUCAUUGUGGUGUUCUGGAGUUCAUUGCAGAAGAAGGCAUGAUCUAUAUGCCGUAUUGGAUGAUGGAGAACCUGCUUUUACAAGAAGGAGAUAUUGUGAGAGUGAAAAAUGUGACUCUUCCAAAGGGAACCUAUGUUAAAUUACAACCCCACACAAAGGACUUCUUGGAUAUCUCUAAUCCAAAAGCUAUCUUGGAGACAACUCUGAGGAAUUAUUCUUGCUUAACUACUGGAGACAGCAUAAUGGUGGCUUACAACAACAAAAAGUAUUACAUAGAUAUUGUAGAGACAAAGCCUUCCCAUGCAAUUAGUAUCAUUGAGACAGACUGUGAGGUGGAUUUUGCACCUCCUCUGGAUUACAAAGAACCUGAAAAGCCUGUUCCAUCUGUUCCUUCCAGCAAGGCACCAGCCCAAGUUGAAGAGGAUCCAGCACCGGCUGAACCAAAAUUCAACCCUUUUACUGGAGUUGGGAGACGGCUGGAUGGGAAACCUCUAAGUUAUCAGCCCCCAUCAGUUUCUUCCUUCCUUGCCAAAGACAAGCAACCCGACGCUGUGGCUCGUGGGAAUAAGCAGCUGUCUGCUGGAUCUGGUUCACAAACCACUAGUCACCAAACUUCAGGAAAGCUUGUGUUUGGUUCAAAUGUUAGCCAUCCUCGAACAGAUAAACAGAAGCAAGCUGGAAAAGAGACCAAACAAGAGCAGCAGCCGGAAAAGAAAGAAGAGCCAAAGUUCCAGCCUUUUUCCGGCAAAAAAUACUCAUUGAAGGGUUGAGGUAGAAAAGCAAUGGCUUUUAACUUUUCUACUUUUGCCAGUCAUCCACGGAGCGAAGGAGACUGCAGACUUAUUAUCGUUUAAUCCAGGAUGUUAUAUCAUCAGAAAAUGGAACUGUAGAUUCUUAUUUCGUAAUUAAGAGGGGAAGAAAAGGUUAACAACUUAAAUUUCAUGUUUGUCCAGAUUUAAAUUCAGAAGAAAAAAAUGAAAACACGUUUUUUUUUUCCUAUAUGACAACUCAUGUUCAUUUAUAAACACCAUUGAAGCU